AUGGGAACCAUCGGUGGCUACGAUCGACUGGCGUUACUAUUCAGCAAGCACCCCGAACUAGCAAACUUUCGAUGCUUUCGUCAUGCGACCCUCAAGUGUCUGCUGUACAAGCAAGCUGAACUAACGUACCUCGAGACACAAGCGAAUGCUUCUGCGGUGCUGAAUAGAGCCGCAGGGGGAGACGAAAAAUUGACCACAUCAUACCAAUACUUUGCAUAUGAUGCUCAAGGAUCAGAGGCUGACGACCAGCGCGAGGCCAUGAAGGAACUUGAGGAAAAGUUGGGAUCUUAUCAUGAGAUGCUCAAAUCGGCCAGCGAUGUUUUCAGACUUGAGAAGACUUCUAGGAAAAGCCUGCAGACACUCAGAGACUGGCUUGGAAGAGACGAUGGCGGACAAUCCUUUUUCAAAGACAACAUGCUUGAAAGCGACCCGUGGACAAUGCCGGCGAAUGAGCAUGACUUGAUUGUCCUGGAUAAUAAAGAAGCGGACGGGUUUGCAGAUUUGGUGACAGAUCACGUUCUCGCUGUAUGGCACUACGUGGUUGGCCGACACUUGAGCCAUGCUGAAGAGGAUCCCAACCUUGGGAAAAUCUGGAGAUAUGAACGAGCAACGUUGACAAUGAUCGGUAACAUCAUCUGCAUGUUGUUUUCGUUCAUCAUACCAACAGUGUCGAUCUUUGUGCUCGAUAACAUCACGACCAUGCGAAACAGACUGAUAUUCGUAUCGGUGUUUAUAUUCCUGUUCGCGUUCACAAUGAUGUUUGUGGUGGGAAUCCGCCGGGAUCAGGUAUUCGCGGCAACGGCUGCGUUCGCCGCGAUCCAGGUCGUUUUUGUCGGAAGUGCUGAGCUGGCGCAAAGUCACUGA